AUGGCAAAGAAGCAGCAAGUCACGCACUGCACAUGCUCGAAAAAUGGACAGCAUCUUAAUGAGAUCGCGCUGGAAAUUGUGUUACCUGGAACACCGGAAAAGAUUUAUGACCUGAUAAAGUUUGCGAGUGGGUUUAUCAAGGAUUUUAUGCGGGUGGAUCAGACGCUCAUGGAUGGGCAGAUAUCAGAUUGGUCUCCCAUAGGCGACAACUCGAAGCUCUUGGCACGGAAUAUGUCGCCCGAAGCAAAAAAAAAGUGCGAGAUCCACGAUGAAACCUUGACCUGCGACUUUGAUGACCACGUCGUGAUGUUGACGACGACAAAGACAUGCUUGAUGUGGACAAGCACUAUUUCCACACGGGUGAUCGUUACGCAGGUAGAUUGCACUGGAAAAAGUUUCAUCAAAGGUCUGAUCGAAAAAUCAGCAAUAGACGAUCAAAAUGCAUACCACUCCGACCUCGACAAAGCCAUGCGAAUGUACAUCCAAGAACACCAAUACAAAUUCAUCCCAUCAGGCGCUGAUCCAACAGCCGUAGCACGCGUCGAGCCUAUCAGCCCCGUCAUCGAACACAAUGAUCUCAAUAUCCUGAGUCGCUCCAUGGGCAUAUCAGACGCAGAAGCCCGUAAAGCGCACGGUGCCUAUGGCAUUGUGGGAGGUAGUGAUGUGCGGGCCCAGCUCGGCCUGAAAGCCCCGGCUUAG